AUGACACAGGGCAUUCUGCCCUGUCUUCUACUGUUGCUGCUUUUACCUGAGGUCAGAGGUCAAAGAAGAAGAAAGCCUGGAUACCGGCCAAGCUAUCUUCAAGACGGAGACAAUGGCCUGAGUUGCCCAUUGGAUAUCGCGUUCAUUUUAGACAGUUCUGAGAGUGCUAAGACGCCCCUGUUUGAAAAGCAGAAGGCUUUCGUGCGUUCCUUCAGCACCCGGCUCCUGAAGAUGCAGGUGACCGGCUGGCAGCUGAAGAUCCGCUUAGCUGCCAUACAGUACAGCAGCACCGUGUCCAUUGACCACAAUUUCAUGGACUGGCAGGACCUGGACGUGUUCCUGAGCCGCAUAGAUGCCAUGGCUUACAUCGGCCAGGGCACAUACUCAUCCUACGCCAUCUCAAACGCCACUCAGAUCUUCACCCGUGAAACCAAAGACGAGAACGUGAGGGUCGCGUUGUUGAUGACCGACGGAGUGGAUCAUCCCCGGAGCCCAGAUAUCAUCAGCACGGCCGCGGAGGCGAAGGGCCGCAACAUCAAGCUUUUCACAAUAGGAUUAUCGGACUUGGCACGGGGCAGCCAGAACAGUGCCAAGCUCCGUGCCGUGGCAAGCAGCCCACAAUACGUGCACAGCCUCACUGACCCCCAUCUAGAGGAGAGGUUGCUUCAGCAACUUACUACAGUUGCAAAUGAAGGAUGUCCUCAACCCAAACCAUGUUUGUGUGAAAAAGGAGAGAGAGGCCCUCCUGGAAGUCCAGGUAAAAAGGGGGAUCCUGGGUAUGAAGGAUCCCCAGGUCCAAAAGGUUCAAGGGGAGAACCUGGACCAAUGGGCCCUCCUGGGAUUGAAGGAGUUGAAGGAAGAACUGGAUUUAAAGGGGAUAAGGGAGAGAGGGGUGACUGUGGUGCUGCUGGAGAAAAAGGGGAUGAAGGCCCACAGGGACCUCCAGGACCACGUGGACCCAAAGGAGAACAGGGUCCAACUGGGCCACCAGGGGACCAAGGACCAGAGGGGCCAAUAGGACCCAAAGGAGACCGUGGACCAAUCGGUCCCGGUGGACCUCCAGGGGAUGUUGGCAUUGGAUUUCCUGGUCCUAAGGGUGACAAAGGCAACCAGGGGAGGCCAGGACCUCUUGGCCCAGCUGGAAUAGGGGAGCCUGGCAAGCCUGGAGCUCCAGGGCCUCCAGGAGCCCAGGGGAAUCCAGGUCUUCCGGGUGAGGGUUUACCAGGACCUAAGGGCGAUCGAGGAUAUGAUGGUCCAAAGGGUGGGCGUGGACCUCCAGGUGUAGGGAUAAAGGGUGACAAGGGCGAUGUUGGCCUCCCAGGACAACCUGGACCUGUGGGUUUUCCUGGGAAAGGAAUUCAAGGAGAGAAGGGGAGCCAAGGGCCAAUAGGCCCUCCUGGUCCCAGAGGGGUACCAGGGAUAGGACUGAUGGGUCCAAAGGGAGAUCAGGGGUUCUCCGGUGAGCCUGGACCCCCUGGUGAGAGGGGUGUUGGAGAGCAAGGCCCAAAAGGUGAUCCUGGAGCUCCAGGGGCAACAGGUGCUCCAGGUGUUCUAGGAGAAGAUGGAGCAGUGGGACCAAAGGGUGAGAGGGGCCCACCUGGACCUAAAGGCCAAGAUGGGGUACCAGGGACUGGCACUCCGGGAGAAAAGGGGGAUCCAGGGGUGAGGGGUCUCAGAGGUCAAUCAGGGCCACCAGGGGCUCCAGGCCCAACAGGAGCCAAGGGGAGACCAGGGAGUCCAGGACCAGCUGGUAUACCUGGACCACCAGGAAGAGGUAUACCUGGCGCUAAGGGUGACCCUGGUCCAGCAGGAACAACAGGACCAGUUGGGGAGCCAGGUAUAGGGAUUCCAGGGCCAAAGGGUGACAGAGGAUUACCAGGACCAGUUGGACCACCUGGACUGAAAGGGGAUGGCUACCCUGGACCACCAGGACCUCCAGGGUUACCAGGACUUAUAGGAGAAAUGGGACCAGAAGGAAAAGGUUUACCUGGACCAAAGGGAGAUCGAGGAAUCCCAGGCCCUCCAGGACCUAUUGGACCACCAGGGACUGGACUGACUGGUCCAAAGGGUGCCACUGGUCAAACCGGUCUACCUGGUCCACCAGGAUUACCAGGGGAAGGUAUCCAAGGGGCAAAGGGUGAUACUGGUUUCCAAGGUUUACCAGGACCUAGGGGCCCCCCAGGAGAGGGUCUGCCAGGACAAAAGGGUGAUCGUGGGUUCACUGGUGAACGUGGGAGGAAAGGGGACAAGGGAGGACAAGGAGAACCAGGGGCACCUGGAUCAACGGGCCAAUUAGGGCAAAAGGGAGAGCCUGGUCUCACAAGAGACGAAGUUAUCAAAAUAGUCAAGUCAAUUUGUGGCUGUGGGAUAAAAUGUAGGGAGAGUCCUCUAGAACUUGUCUUUGUUAUCGACAGCUCAGAGAGCGUGGGCCCAGAGAACUUUGAUAUCGUGAAAGACUUUGUGAACGCACUUAUCGACCGCGUCUCAGUCAGUCCCGAGGUGACACACGUGGGCGUGGUCCUCUAUAGCCACAUCAACUUUGUGGUGACCACUCUGGUCCAGCAGAUGGGUCGGGAUGAGGUCAAGGCAGCCGUGCGUAGAAUGCCCUACUUAGGGGAGGGGACUUACACAGGAAGUGCCAUCAAUCAGGCCAAUCAGAUCUUCCGGGAAGCUCGCUCAGGGGUGCGAAAAGUCGGCGUGGUCAUAACAGACGGACAGGCAGAUGAACGGGAUGUCAUUAGACUGGAAGACGCUGUUCGAGAGGCUCAUUCGGCAAGCACUGAGAUGUUUGUCAUUGGCGUGGUGAACCAGAGCGACCCAUUCUUCCCAGAUUUUAAAAAAGAACUGGACAUGAUAGCCUCUCGACCUGCCAGGGAACACGUUUACCUGAUAAAUGACUUCAGAAAUCUACCCAUUUUAGAGAGUAAGCUGCUGAGCAGGAUUUGCGAGAGUGAAGAUGACAAUACCCUCUUCAGUGCCAUUCCUGGUGGUCAUCUGCCUCCUGGCACCGCUGGGAAACCCACCCGUGUUGGGAAACCACCUCCAGGCCCACCUGGAGAGAGAGACAUGUUCCCUUUCUUUGAACCUGAACCGGAAGAAAUUGAGGAAGGAGAGAUCACCAGGGCACCAUAUUUUAAUGGCGACAUAAUGAAACUCUUGACAGAUCUCCCCCUCCCUUCCUUGGACAGACAGAACAGAACAGACCUUCGUAGUCCCACCCUAAGGCCGUUUCCCAUGACAACAACCCAGGGACCCGUACCUCCAAUGCAAGAUGAUGUCAUUUUAGAAAAGGGAUGUCAGCAACCCCUGGAUCCGGGUCCUUGUCGGGCAUAUGUGGUGAAGUGGUACUAUGAUUUCAAAGCUAACGCAUGUGCCCAGUUCUGGUACGGAGGCUGCCAAGGAAACCGGAAUCGUUUUGACACUGAAAAAAUCUGCCAAAAAACUUGUGUGAAACUGUAA